GUCAUUUUUAAAAAUUUUAUAACUUACAAUUUUUAAACAUUUGUUGCUAAUGGAAAACUUUACCAAUUAAGAAUUGGCGGAUAUGCAUUUGGCAUACGGAGCAACAAACUGCAAUGCACGAGCAGCUUCGCGGUUGUGUCAUGAACGUUAUCCCGAACGACAGCAUUCUGGAUACAAAAAGUUUAUUACGGUUCAUAGGCGGCUCGCUGAGACAGACAUGUUUAAGACCAAGAUGCAUGAUACUGGUGUUGCUCGAACCGUAAGAACGGUCGAAUUUAAAGAAGAGGUGCUUCAGCGAGUUGCCGAUGAACCAUCAAAUAGCACACGUGACGUCGCUAAGAAUAUGAAUACGAGUAACGCUUCUGUCUGGCGGGUACUACACGAGCAACAACUCCAUCCUUACCACUUCCAGAAAGUUCAAGGUAUAACUGCAGCCGAUUAUCAUCCUAGAGUUCAAUUUUGUCGAUGGCUUCUGGAUCACAUCAUUGCACAACCAAAUUUUUUACGAUAUGUUUUGUGGACCGAUGAAGCCUCUUUUACAAGAGACGGUAUUUUUAAUAGUAGGAAUAGCCAUGUUUGGGACGAAGAAAAUCCUUAUGCAAUUUUUCCAAGAAAACAUCAGAACGUAUGGGCAGGCAUUGUUGAUGAUUAUUUAAUUGGGCCAUACCUUCUACCGGAACGGUUAACAGGACCUAUUUAUCUGCGUUUCUUGGAGGGAGUUCUCCCAGAACUCCUUGAAAAUGUUCCACUAAACGUUAGACAGCAAAUGUGGUUUCAGCAUAAUAGAGCGCCGGCUCACUUUGCUGUACAAGUACGCAAGUAUUUGGCUCAGCGGUUUGGGCACCGUUGGAUUGCCAGAGGUGGAGCAGUUUUUUGGCCUCCUAGGUCACCCGAUUUAACGUCGCUCGAUUUUUUCUUGUGGGGACAUGUAAAGUCUUUAGUCUACGAAACUCCAGUAGAAUCAGAGCUAGACUUAAUUGGACGAAUAUCACCAGCAUUUGAAAUCAUUCAAAACGAGGAUCAUCAAUUUUUAGUGUAGUCCGCCGAAAUCAUGUGCGGCGUUUAAAUCGGUGUAUUGAGGUUGGAGGAAGACAUUUUAAACAAUUGUUGUGAUGGUAUCAUAUACAAAAGGGCCGUAGUGGCGUAGUGACACAUUUCCAGACAUGGGUUCCUAUACUCAAAUGGAUUCUACUGUUGCACUGUAGAAAGUGCAUUGCACUGUGUGAAAUGAUUAGACCUAAGUAGGAAAAUUGUUGUUUUUUUUAGAUAUAGCUUUUUUUUUGGAAAUUAAUAAUUUUUGUUUUAAAGUUAUUUUAUGCGAUAAGCGCAUAUUUAUUUAUUUUUGUUAAACUUAAAAAUAAUUCUGUAGGAGGGUUGAGUUUGAGUAGCCUUAGGCUAGACUUCGCCCACUAUUAGGAUUAAAUUGUGCAUUUCAAAUAUUUUCUGUAAAUAAUUGACAAAUAAAGGACGUUUAUUAUUAUUAUUAU